UCUUGCAUAAGCGUUACUUCCGGAAAGCGUGACUUUCCCAUCGCUGACACAUUUGAAUGGUCUGGGAUACAGUUCUCUUGUUAUAAUGUUAUUUUUAUCGAACAGGAUAAAGGUAUGUUCUCUGGCGUUUACCGCCGCCCGCCUGUACAGCAGCGCUCCCGCAGCCGCUAAUAAAAACCCCGUGGUGUACUUUGACAUUGCUGCAGACAACGAGCCACUGGGCAGAGUAACCUUUGAGCUCAACGCUGAGGUUGUGCCAAAAACUGCUGAAAAUUUCCGAGCGCUGUGCACAGGAGAACAUGGCUUUGGUUACAAAGGAUCCAUUUUCCACAGGGUGAUCCCACAAUUCAUGUGCCAGGGUGGAGACUUCACAAACCACAAUGGAACCGGGGGCAAGUCCAUCUAUGGAUGGAAGUUCCCUGAUGAGAACUUCAAACUGAAGCAUGCCGGACCUGGUAUAUUAUCUAUGGCCAAUGCUGGAGCCAACACCAAUGGAUCCCAGUUCUUCAUCUGCACCAGUAAAACAGAAUGGCUGGAUGGCAAGCAUGUUGUCUUUGGCAGUGUGAAGGAAGGAAUGGACGUGGUCAAGAAAGUGGAAACCUACGGUUCACGGUCUGGGCGAACCUCCAAGAGGAUCACUGUCACAGACUGCGGAGAGCUCGACUAGACUCCCCUGUGAGCGCUGGAUGCAGUUGUUGUCUCAUCUCCUGCUGUAAUUUUAAUAAAGAAGUCAGAGUGAAAGAGGCCCUUUCUUCUGCCGUGGCACCUGGUACUGCUCUUCUGUGCCGAACAUACAUGAUCUGUGAGCCUCACCUGUGUUUUAUAGGGACUGGAAUGCUGCAUUAGUCCUUUUUUCAGGUAACAAUAAACACACUUGACUGUGUCAAGUUAUAAAAUGUGAAUUUAAACUUGUAAAUCUGGUAAUUUUUGGAGAAGGGAGAUUUAUUUGUUUAAAAAAAGUACUUUUUUUUUUUUUCUACUGUAUAAGAGGUUGUUCUGGCCAGUUGGGUUUUAUGAAUUCGUUAAAACAUUUCAUAAAGUUCCCGUAAGAGAACUUGAGUUGACUGAAAUAAAACAGUCUGAGGCAAAA